CAAAAGGUCAAUCCCAAAACUCAAGGUAGUCAUGUCUUUCCUCGAGCGACAACAUCAUUGUCUUCCUUGACUUGGUCGUCCGGUGAACCGACACAAUGGUGGCACCUGUCAAUCCACACGAGUCAAUCGGAUUGUUCCCAUUCGGCAUGACGGGACUCUUCGAUCCUCGUGCAAGUGGGAUCCCUUCAGAGCUCGCCAGGUUGUUCGAGGCUCCUGCCUUGGAUACGAACAAUGGGUUCAUGUAUCGUGUACCUCCAGUCGUUCCCUCUGCUCGUGUCGAAGAUGCAGAGUAUGAAGAGGUAGACAAGAGAGAUGAAGCCAGUCAAGAGCUAGACGCCAAUAUCCUCGCUGAGCGACUACGCACUCUCAAAGGGCGGCUUCAAGGGGAUUCAACCGACACAUUACAGACGCAAGCAGCUCCUCAAGCUCCUCAAUUAAGAGGAAUCUUGUCACCAGGUCGUUCAGCAGCUCGUCCUGAAGCUUAUCACCCGCCUCAACUUCCACAAGAAGACCAGAACUCUUCCUACUUUCUCUCACCCGAUCGUCAUCUUCAUCAACUUCGACGUUUCCCACCGACCGAGGAGCUGGGCCCGUCCGAUAGUAUCAGCAUGUAUCGACCGCAUCGGGCUCCUAGUGCUCGCUCGGUCCGACGAGGGGGAACGAAUGUCGAUGGCGAGGAAGGUCACAUGGAUCCCUAUCCAUAUACGUCUGAGCUGCAGCACCUCGGUCAAAACGAAGGCGGGAGCGUGACAAGUGGGGAUGGAGGAAUGACGAUGCAGACCCCUCGAUCUAUGGGAUAUCUCGAUCAAGCGACAGCUCCUCCUACCAGUAACUGGACGACCGGUACUCUCGCCGGGAACAUGUACAACAUGCGAGAGCGACUGCUCAAAGAGGCUGAGCUUCAGCAUCACACUAACGAUGAUCAGAUCCAGAAACAGUUGGCCAGUACGGCCGAGCUGGCAGCCACCCUUGUCAAGCUGGAGAAAGCAGAAGAGCAACUUCGAACACUCCAGGCGACAUUGUUCGCCGAACAGGUCGCCCGGACCCAAAUCGAACGAGAGGCGGAACAGAGUCGAGAAGAUAUGAAAGACUGCAAGGAUGAGCUGGCGAGUGCUAUCAGAGCUCUCAGACGGGCCAGAGAUGAAGGACAAAGGGGCGACGAAGAGCGAAAGAGGCUCCAGCGAUGUUUCGAAACGACCAAGAACCAGCUACACAAGUAUCAUGAGGAGCUCAAGGUUCGCGAUGCUAGAGCCAAGGGAAGAGAAGAAGGUCGGGCAGAGGCGUGGAAGGAAGCUGAGAUGUGGAUGGGCGGGUCCCCUCCCAUUCCUGUCGAGCCUAUACAAAGUAUUCCACCCGCCGUGUUUCGACAGACUCCAAUAAUGAAUGGGAACCAGGCCUUAGCGCCACCACCACAACAACAACAGCAGCAGCAUCAGCAGCAAGCGUACCAGCAGCAAACAGGACAGUACACCUCCCCACCUCAGCAGUAUGUUCCUCAGCCUGGCGAGUCGAUGGGCCCGCAAGCACAAUAUCAGCCCAUGGUCAUGCCACAACAAGGGGCACAGAUGGGCCCGCCACAUCUGGACCACCAAUCGUUUGCUGAACCUCCUCAACAGUCUCAGCACACUUUGCAGAAGAUGCAGCCUCACCACUCAAAUGUGACUGGUCAAGCUCAACAAUCAGGCUAUCCUGCGGCCCCCGUACAGCCCCAGCAUACUCCGCAGACUCUGCAACCCCAGCAUACUGCCCAACAAAGUUACAGUGGGGGGCUCCCGGAGAAAAUCAUGCACACCAUGGCUAGGCCCAUCACACCGCCACAUCUGGUAGGAGUGGCAGUUCCGGUGACGGAUCCCGCCUCUAUCCCCAGGCCUACACCUCAGAUGCCGGAAGGUGGCCAGUGGCAGCCUUUGGGACAGCAUCCGGGUCAGCCUACGUCCAGCGCUCAUCACGCUGGAAGCAGAAGUGUCCCUCAUCAGUAUACGACUUUACCACCUCACCAGCCAGCAAGGGCGGGAACAGUGAUCCACUCGAAUAAUCGACCUGGACCUCAUCCCAACUCGGCGCCACGCCAGUCCAGUAGACGAGAACGAUCACACUCAGUGAAUGGCCAUGUUGCAGUACCGGAUUUCAUCCAAAGACCUCAUCCAGCAGACUCAUACCUCGACAGAGCAGACCACGAUCCCCGCAUCAAGUCUUUGCUCAGUGGCGCUCAGAGCAAAACCAUCCACACUUCCGAGUACCCUACAUCUGCCCGUACUGGAGAGGCUCCACCUCAAGCUCUGGAUUCAGCAUCCCUAGAUAAACCGCUCCCCAAACCGUUCCAGCAAUCAGUCUUGAGCAAGUCGCAGUCGACCCGUCGACCUUCAGCCAGCACCCAGAGACCCAAUCGAAGGUUGAGUCUCACCGAGGGCUUGCAUCCUCUCUCUCCAGCUCAUCCUUCUCAUCGAGGAGAUCAGCACCAUGAUGGUGAUCGCUAUCCUGCUUUCCCAGUCAACGGGACAGCUCGUGGACAUUCUAUGCCGUCAAGCAUUGGCUCAUUCAAUCCUGCAAAUUAUGCGCUGCCUGCCUCUGUGGACCCGUCCAUGCUGCAGACACCGCAGUCCACUGCACGACACCAGUCAGUCAGACAGACUCCUCAUAAUUCUGUCAGAUCACGUAGCUGGAUGGCUGGCGCGUUGCGUAAUGACGCUGAGCUUGAUAUCGGCGACCUUUCCAAGAUCCUCGAGGAAAGCGAUAAUCCCCCACACGCCCAUGCUCAUACCCGUGCCCAGCAUCCCAGGCAGGGCGACAGGGAGCCAUCAAGGCAGGCUUUUGAGACACCUCGGCCUGCCGAGCUCAAGAGUCCGAGGAACGUGAUGGACUCGAUUGUCAUGCGAAACAUGCCUACUCAAGACCAGCAACAGGUGCCACGGAAAGCUCCAUCUAUGACUCCGAUGAGGAACCAGCCAAGACCGGUCAUGCCAAGUCUGCUCAGUGGAAACAAAGCCAGAUCCGAAGCCCCAGGUGUAUCGAACGGUCGUCAUGGCCACGGGCAGUACACAGGGCGAUCGACUCCAGCUCUCCACGACCCUCGUGGACCUGAUGAGCCACCUCAUUCCCAUUCUCUCUUCCUUCCACCCGGUAUGAUGAACCGGACAAGGUCCGCAGAGUCGGAUGAUAUCCCUCAACGACAUUCGGCACUGGGUCUUGAGGGACUGGAUGAAGUGCCGUCUGGUCGGUCGAACGCUGUGUUCAGCCGACACGGCCGUGAACAAGGUGAAGCCAGGUAUCCAGAGUCUCAAGGAACCGCCAUGUCAAGGAUCCGAGCACCCACCUCUUCGCGAUCCAACAACCUCUCCGCUCGUCCCAGUGUGGCCCCCUCCUUUGUAUCCGAGGGAGUUUAUCAGGCCGAUCACACCGGGGCCCUUGACAAUUUCGGCUCAGGCCCCAUAGGUCCACAAGAGACAAGGCCUCGUCUUACCUCCGCUUCCGAUGCGAACUCCCAGACAUUCACUCACUAUCGUUCCGCUUCGGAUGGAGAUGCUCUCAAGCAGAUCCGAGACCGAUUGAUGGAGUCGGAUCCCAACACAAUCUCCGUACCCCAACCUCAGACGGUGCACCCAGUCUCACCACAUCGAGUGCCUCUUCCGAAAUCAAGGUCUCAGGCUCCGACCGCAUACGAGAUGCAGUCCCCGAAAGGAUCAUCCUUAUUGUCGCCAAAGUCUCAGAGGAACGGCAGAAACGGCCACAGACGAUCAGAAAGUCAUCAAACAUUUGGCACUUUACAGACCAUGCCGAGUGUCAGUAUCAUCGAUUUCGCUCUGACCCACCCGCUCCCAUCUUCCAAGGGCGGUAGCAGUCCCAAAACUGGCACCGAGUUCGACAAUGAUAAGAUCAAGGAAAUUCACCACUCCAAAAUGAACGUCAAAAGAAAACCAGUACCCGGCCCAGGUCCCGUCCCAGAUCCCAGGAAGAUCCCCUUACCUGCAUCUAGACCACCUACUAGAGCGAGAGCAUCUAGUAAGGAGCCAAUCAAGUGAGAUGCCGAAUCUGCAGCUGAUGUAAGCCAUCCUCCCGGUUCAGCUUACGCCCGCACUGAAGGUACCAUUGAGGAGGUCACCGAGGAAGAAAGUGGCAGGGAGAAUAAGGGCAAAGGGCGAAGGUGGUGAAGAAGGGCCUUCCUGGAAGAAGGGGAGACUUUGUAGAAUCCCACCAUUCGUGUGCCUGACCCAUGAUCUUGAGCGGGACCCUUGUGAACUAUCAAAGAUGGGAGGAAGUCUUGCAUUUGAUGUAACUGCCACACAAGCAAAAACUGCCACAAAUGAUGACCUCUCACUCGCGAGGUGAGAGACCGUGCCAGCAGUACAUUGAGA